AUGUUGCAAUUUCUCACUUCACGUUUGUUUCGUAAGCCCUCUCCUCCAAUCAAGUCUACUCCAGUCAAACGGAAGUUGCAGACAGCCAUCUACAAACCUCUCGUAUGGAUUGACUGCGAGAUGACUGGUCUUGACGUGUCCCAGGAUCAUAUCAUUGAGAUCUGUUGCAUGAUCACAGACGGAAACUUAAAUUUAAUUGACGAGGUCGGUUAUGAGAGCACGGUGUUCGUGCCUAAAAGGGUCUUGGACAAUAUGAACGAAUGGUGCGUUAACCAACACGGAAAAUCCGGCCUUACUGCAAAGGUUUUAGCUAACCCUCAGCAGACGUUGGCCAAGGUCCAGGAAGAGUUACUUGAGUACAUCCAGUCGUACAUUCCUGAUCCCCGGACCUCGCUCUUGGCUGGUAACUCCGUCCACAUGGACAAAUUUUUCAUGAUGAAAGAGUUCCCCAAGGUCAUUGACCAUUUGCACUACCGUUUGGUGGAUGUCUCUUCUAUUAUGGAGGUCGGCUACCGUCAUAACCCUGCUCUCAUGAAGUUGUUCCCAAAGAAGCAGGGCAGUCACACUGCCAAGUCUGACAUAUUAGAGAGCAUCAACCAAUUAAGAUGGUACAGAGAUCACUACUUGCGUAGCGAUGUGCCAGAUGGUUUGAAGCUUCCUGCUGAUAGUAAGGCUCCUCGGGCCGAUGAGUCGGAAGCCAAGCAACCACCAGCCAAGAAGCAGAAAAAGUCGCAAAAUGUCUCAAGUGUCUCAGGUGUAGACAAUGUUAGCUCGUAUUCGCAAGUCGCUGAGAGUGUGUCCUCGCACAAGGUCACGGUCGCUGAAACAGUGGCAGAGACCAUCACCGUCGGUGAGGACGGAAUUACUGUGGUUGAGAAGAUUAAAAUUACGGAAUCCAGCUAG